AUGGCCGGCAAGGCACCGAACAAUAAUGGCAAGAAGCCUGCUGGGAAUAAUGUCCAGAAAAACAAGGACGUUGAGAUGACGGACAGCACAAAGCCUAAGGGCAAGAAGCCCGCUAAGGAUGCCGAUGAAGAGAUGACAGUUGUCGUUCCUCCUUCCAAGUCGAAAAAGUCCGAUAAGGCAACGGCCGAUGCCGAAGGCGAUGUGGCAAUGGGCGAGGAAGAGGAAGAGGAAGAGGAAGAGGAAGAGGAAGAGGAAGAGGUUGACCCUGUUGUUCAGACUAUCGCAGACAUCAAGAGCAACUUUGCUUUGAUAGACCGUGCCGUUGCCCUCUUCGACGCCAGAUUCUCCCUCCGCGCCCUGCGAUCUAUCUCGAUUCUCCGCAAGCGUCUGACUCCCGACAUCAUCGCCCAUGUCAUCUCCGAAGCCUUCCCAGCUACCUCCAACUCGAGCACUAUUGUGAAGCCGCUUCUCGCUGCCAUUGAGCGUGAGGACGUUACCCUCGGCCGACAGAGUGGCUCGGCAAUGGAAAUCGAUGAGGCCAAGACUCAUGGAAAGAACGGCUCUAAGAAGGAGGCUAAGGACCUCAUUCCUGAGAUCGACAUUUUCCUAGGUAUCCUUGUUCAGGUCUACCUCUUUGACACCAAGCAGUACCAGCGUGGAUCCGAUUUCUCGAAGUACCUUUCAGACAGGGUCCAGUCACUCAACCGCCGCACACUCGACUCUUUGUCUGCCAAGGUCUACUUCUACUACUCCAUCUUCUGCGAGCACAUCGCACCUCUGCCCCCAUCCCCCCAGUCUCCCGUCGUCGCCAUCCGACCGACACUCCUCGCCGCUCUCCGAACCGCCGUACUACGAAAGGAUGUUGACACACAAGCCUCGGUCAUUGUUCUUCUGCUGCGAAACUACCUCUCAACUUCGCACAUUAACCAGGCCGAUCUCCUGGUUUCACACACUCAGUUCCCCGAGAACGCUGUCAAUAACCAGGUUGCACGAUUCCUCUUCUACCUUGGUCGCAUCCGAGCUAUCCAGCUGCGCUACACCGAGGCCCACGAGCAUCUCACUGCUGCCACUCGCAAGGCUCCCUCUAGUAACUGUGCGCUUGGCUUUGCCCAGACAGCUACCAAGUUGCUCUAUGUUGUUGAGCUGUUGAUGGGUGAUAUCCCUGACCGGGCCAUGUUCCGCCAGCCAACAAUGGAGGUUGCUCUCCAGCCCUACUUCCUGCUGGUAAAGUCAGUCAGAGUUGGCAACCUCGAGGAUUUCGAGACAGCAAUUGCCGAUCACGCCGAUACCUUCCGACGGGAUGGCACAUACAGCCUUAUUCUCCGUCUAAGGCAGAAUGUUAUCAAGACAGGCAUCCGUAUGAUGUCUUUGUCCUACUCUCGCAUUUCACUUCGAGACAUCUGUAUUCGCCUUCAGCUCGGUAGCGAGGAGUCGGCAGAGUACAUUGUCGCUAAGGCUAUCCGUGACGGCGUGAUUGAGGCUACUCUGGACCGCGAGAGAGGCUUCAUGAAGAGCAAGGAGGUCGGUGACGUGUAUGCUACCCGUGAGCCGGGUGAGGCAUUCCACGACCGAAUCCGAGCUUGUCUUGCUCUCCACGACGAGAGUGUCAAGGCUAUGCGAUUCCCUAUGAACCAGCACCGACUUGAGUUGAAGAAUGCGCAGGAAGCACGAGAACGCGAGCGCGAAAUGGCAAAGGAGAUUCAGGAGGGUGAUUUGGAUGAGGAUGACCUUGGCGGAGACUUUGACGGUAUCUAA